GCCAGCGACGUCACAAGUCGAACCUUUCAUCCCCUUGCCUGGAGCAUCUGGAUCAUACAUACCAACCCGUCACCAAUAACUCGAUAUCGCCGCCACCAUGGCCUCUUCCCUGUAAAGCGUCACGGCCUAGGCUGUGACUCUUUCCUCGGUCUCGCGCAAUCAUGGCGUGGAACGCACCUGGGCAAUGGAAGACGCCCUUGAACCCCAAAAAGAACGAUGAGUCAAGCUUCCCGGGCCUGCAGCCCGCCGCGAGCCCGGAGGUCAACACCAAGAUUGAAUACCACGAGCUUCAGCAGAAUGAACUUGUCGCACUCAAGGCCAUCUAUGACGAGGACUUCGUCAUGCACACUGGGGCCCACAGCGCCUGGAAGAGAACAGAACCAUCCUUCGAUAUCCGAAUAAAAGCUUCGAGCGAUGAGGACUUUGCCGUCACACUGAGCUUUACUAUGACUGCGACAUACCCAAAGACCCCGCCGGUUCUCGUAAUAAAGGACAUUGACCUUAGAGAGGUUACCCAGUUCAAGAUCCAAAAGUUCAUCGAGACCCAACCCAAGAUCUUUGCCCAAGAUGAACAGGAAAUGAUCGACAAGAUUGUCGAAGGGAUCCGGGAUAUCCUCGAGGACGCUGCGCAAGCCAAGGCAAACGGGAAGCACCUCCCUUCCCUCGAGGAAGAACGGGAGCGACACGAAGCGUCCUUGGCGAAGCGGGCAGAGGAGGAGAAGAAGGUGGCAGACCAGAAGAAGAUCGAAGAGGCAAAAGAAGAGGAGAGGGUCAUAGCCGAAAUGCUUCAACAGCAACUCGAUCGUCAACGCCAAAAGGCCAAGGAGUCUAAGCGCCGCCCCAACGGGAGUCAACCCCGACAGCCCACGGCCAGCACCAGUACCGAUACCGAAGUCAUAGAUUUUGAUCAGUUUUGCAACACUACGGACAAGUCGGGCGACAUCGUCACUUUCAAAUCCGUUGCCGGGAAAUGUGACCCACGCCAGGGACCCGUCUCGAUCGUGUACACCGUUCGACCAGUUCUCGCCAACGGUCAGGGUAGCAUGACGCUGGCGCUUAAGGAAACUGUUCUACGCUCCAGUGGGAAGGAUUCCAAGGAGUUCAAGAAGCAGCUACAGAGUGUCGAGUCUCGCCUACAAGAUCUCAAGACAGUGAAAAAGGUGCAACACAGGCACCUUGUCGAGAUUCUAGAUUUCAAAGUGCAGAGCGGGCUUGUCACUGAUCCGACAGUCUUGAAUACAUGGACAGUGAGCGUCAUGACUCCUUUGGCUGAAAAGGGACCCUUGGAGGAACUCUUGGAGCUUGCGGGUCACAUUGAGGUUGGCAAAGUGCGGUCUUGGACACGGGACUUACUAGAUGCGCUAAGCUUUCUUCACAACAAGAACAUUGCUCAUCAAGAUAUUCAUCCCGGAAAUAUCUUGCUAUUCCGUGAGCCUACAGGUGAAAUUAUUCCCAAGAUUUCCGAUUCCUGGUAUCAGCGGGAACUUCACAUCAUCAGCACACAGAAGCAAGGCCUGCCGGGAUUGAACAGUGCAAAGUCCGCAUAUUGGCUACCUCCAGAGAUUGCAGGGGCAUCAAAGCCUCAGUACACAUACAAAACCGAUAUCUGGGACUUUGGUGUGGUGUUUGUGCAGAUGAUUUUUGGCCUCGAUGUUCUACGCACCUACUCCUCACCUAAGAACCUGAUGGAGUCAUUCACGCUAUCACACUCGCUGCAGGAGUUAGUUAGUAGAUUCUUCAAGGAGGAUAAGCAGAAGAGACCCCGAGCUUUUGAACUAGGCUCAAGCGAGUUCCUGGCUACUGACGCGCCAGUGCUCUUUGAUGAUGCGUCUGCGGUCUUGUCAAGCAGUCCAUCCUUGACCUCCCUGCAGGUACUUCCCCAAAGGUUAAGGCGCGAUUCAAAUGUCAGAGGCCACACUUUGUCUCGAUACACUGAGGAUUUCGUCGAGGAAGGCCGACUUGGGAAGGGCGGGUUUGGGGAGGUUGUCAAGGCACGGAAGAAGCUGGAUGGUCAGAUUUACGCCAUCAAAAAGAUUACCCAACGUUCACAGGCUAGUCUCACUGAAAUCCUGAAGGAGGUCCGUUUACUAUCUCAGCUCAGUCAUCCAGCUGUGGUUCGAUACUACAACACAUGGGUCGAAGAAAUCCCCGACCUGACGGACACUGAGGAUGACACCUCGACCGACUACUUUACUGAAGAUACUCGGGAGACCGGAUCCGCCGGUGUUGAUAUCCAAUUUGCUACCAGUACUGGAGGUCUGGACUUCAUGUCCUCGAAUGCCCAUGUGGAAUUCGAAUAUGACGAUUCUGAUGAAGAAGAUGAGGAUGAAGACGACGAAACAGAAGAUGAAGAGUCCUCUGACAUUGACGAUGUGGCUGUCGGCCGUGCCCUUUCUCCUGAGAAAGAAAGACAUGGCGCGAUUCAGCGACGACUUCGAUACCAACGGUCCUAUCGAACAAUACUUUACAUCUCUAUGGAGUACUGUGAAAAGCGGACCUUGCGAGAUCUUAUUGCCCGAGGCUUGCAUAAGAAUACGACAGAGAUUUGGCGAUUGUUCCGCCAGAUUCUGGAAGGCAUGGCCCAUAUCCACGGGCUUAGUAUCGUUCAUCGCGACUUGAAGCCAGAGAACAUCUUCAUUAGCAGCAGCUCUGAUGGUAUUGACAACGUCAAGAUUGGCGACUUUGGUCUCGCCACCAGCGGGCAGUUCUCAGUAGACAGAGCUGCUGGAAACAGUCUCGAGACGGACGACAUGACACGAAGCAUUGGCACUGCUUACUAUUCUGCUCCUGAAGUAAGAUCCGCGGUCAACGGCAUGUACAGCACGAAAGUUGAUAUGUACUCGCUCGGCAUCAUCUUCUUCGAAAUGUGCUACAUCCCGAUGAUAGGCAUGCAAAAGGCCGAUGUUCUCGGACAGCUCCGAAGGCCCCUGCCAGUACUUCCUUCUGAUUUCAGGCCUACCACGAAGGUUCAAACAGAGAUCGUGUUGUCUCUCGUCAACCACAAUCCCAAAGAGCGGCCAUCGAGUUCAGAGCUUCUCAAGAGCGGAAAACUCCCUGUUCAGAUGGAGAGCGAGACAAUUCGGCGCACUCUGGCUGGGCUAGCGGACCCAAGUUCUCCCUACUACCGCAAGAUGCUCUCCACCCUCUUUGCGAAGCCAAUGGAACCAACAAAGAACUUCGCAUGGGACAUGUUUGCAACGAGUCCAAGCGCGACUGAGCUACUGAAUCAAGGCAUCGUCAAGAAGGCACUCGUCUCGAUCUUCCGGCACCACGGAGCUAUCGAGUGCCCCAGGAACUGCAUCUAUCCCCGAUCAUCCCACUAUGGAGACAAUGUUGUUCAACUUUUGGAUCAGAAUGGGUCAGUUCUUCAGCUGCCGUAUGAUUUGACAAUGGGAAAUGCCAGGAUGAUGUCCAAACAGGCCAACGGGCCAGUCAUAGAGCGAACCUUUACCUUUGGCAACGUUUUCCGAGACAAGCAGGACACCGGUCAGCCUCAAAUGUUUGGAGAGGUUGACUUUGAUAUAGUUACCACGGACACGUUGGAUCUGGCGUUGAAGGAAGCUGAAGUACUAAAGGUGAUGGACGAAAUCAUCCACAGUUUCCCGGCCGUAUCAUCAUCAGCCAUGUGCUUUCAUCUUGGGCAUUCAGAUCUACUACAACUCAUUUUCGAGCACUGCGGUAUCGAGUCUGCCUGCAGACGAGCCACUGCAGAUGUGUUGAGCAAACUGAACAUCCACAACUACACCUGGCAGAAGAUUAGAAUCGAACUGCGGUCGUCGGCUGUCGGCGUUUCAGCAACCAGCGUUGACGAACUACAGCGAUUUGAUUUCCGAGACACUCCGAACAAGACCUUUUCAAAGCUGAAGACAAUAUUUGAGGGCAGUGACAUGUAUCAACGCGCAUCGCCGACGAUAGCUCAUCUCAAAGAAGUCGCAGAGUAUUCUAAACGGCUAGGAGUUGGGACUAAGAUCUACGUCAACCCUCUGAACAGCUUAAAGGAAGGGUUCUACAUGGGAGGAAUCCUCUUUUCGUGCCUGUAUGACAAGAAAGUCAAGGACGUCUUCGCAGCCGGUGGCCGGUAUGACCACCUUAUCAAAGAGCAGCGGCCUAAGAUUGGAGGACAGUUUAGCGAGAGGCAUGCUGUUGGUUUCAGUCUUGCCUGGGAGCGGCUGGCCAGGAUGCCUAAAUCUGGUGGGAAGUCAUUCCUCAAGAGGGUGGAGGACGAUCCAAGUGGAAUUUUCAACGCUCGACGAUGUGACGUCCUGGUUGCGAGCUUUGAUGCAGCCCUCUUGCGAUCAUCUGGAGUCGAGUUAUUGCAGUUACUCUGGUCUCACGAUAUUAGCGCCGAGAUGGCCAAGGAUGCAAGGUCUCCAGAAGACCUAUUGUCAAAACACCGUGAUGAGGCUUACUCGUGGAUUAUCAUUAUCAAGCCAGACUCGAUCCUGAAGGUGAAGACAAUGGGGAGAAAGGACGUGCAGGAUGUGGAUAUCCCGACGACACAGCUGUUCUCAUGGCUCCGUGGCGAAAUCCGAGAACGCGACUCCAGGGCCAUGGCCAGGCUCCGAGGUAUUACUCCGCAAGCGGAAGCGGGCGCCAGCGACAAAGACCCCGAACAAGAUGUCCGAGUCCUCAUAGCUCAGACGCGGAGCAAGAAGUUCAACCGACGAACUGUGGUGGAACAGGCACAAACCAGCUCCGCCAGUCUGGUGCGGUCAUUCUUGGAUGGCCCAAUCUUGGCGAUUGAGACGACUGAUCAGGUGAUGGACCUCAUCCGAGAAACGGCCUUGUCGGAACCUGAGGGAUGGCGCCAAGUCGAGCACUCGGUGACGACAUCUGAAAAGAAGUACGUGCGGGAGAUACACGACCAGCUGGAUACGUGGCGGUACAAGUACGAGAAGAAGAGCGGCACGCGACACUCUUUCCUUUACAACUUUCGAUCGGGUACCUGCAUCUACUACGAUCUUGGAGCGUGAGCUUAUCAACACAGGUCGAAUGAGGGGAAGAAUUGGGCUCGAGAGAUCUAGACGGACAAAUAGUUUCUUCGAUCAUAGAAGGGAGCUGGUUUGAUUCUAGCUUGAGCAUAGCCUAACAGAUACCCUGGAAUUACAAGUUUUUUGUUUAUCUUCUUUUUUUGGUGGGUUGUAUUAGGUCACUGCUGUUCAAUGAUGGAUGUAUGAUGCUCGAAUGACAAUUCCAUCAACAAAUGAACCACCCUGCUUAUUCGAGUCAAUGUAAGAAGCAAUGAGCCCAAACCCGAGUCUAUGUUAUUAUCUCGGUUGCUAGAUUAACUGCUAAAUAGACAAAAUGCUAUACGACACGAAGUAGAGGAGUGUCGGUGAUGCCGGGUGACUACGCAUGAUGGCUCCAGGGUAAGUUUCUUUGUCUGGUGACAAUGACCAAGUGAUCCAGGCGCCUCGACCCUGGGCUACAAAC